AUGAAUACCCAAGAGACCGGUCUUGAGAUGGAGCCACAGGAAAGUCUUUUGCAAAAUAAUACAGUUGGUGAUAGUAUUAUAGAUAGUUUAAAUGUUUACACAAGCCGCCAAUUAAAGCGAGGAAAAAUUAACGAUGAGUUGGAAAAACAAAUAAAUUGCAAAAAGGAUUAUUGGGUCGAAGUAUUAAGAAGAAUUAUAAGCGUGAUUAAGUUUUUGGCCUCUAGAGAAUUGGUAUUUAGAGGAACUGAUGAACGUUUUGGUGAAAAGCGCAAUGGGAAUUAUUUGGGUUUAUUGGAACUAUUAGCAGAAUAUGAUCCGUUUUUAAAAGACCAUAUAAAUCGAAUGGCAAAUUUGGGCAAGGGUAAAACGUCAUACCUAUUCAAGGAUAUCUGUAAUGAAGUCCUCACUAUCAUGGCGAAUCGGGUUAUUGAGGAAAUUGCUAAACAAAUUAAGGCGAAUAAAUAUUUUUCAGUCAGUGUGAACUCAACACCCGAUAUAUCACAUCAGGAUCAGCUAACAAUAAUUUUAAGGUAUUGCAAUAGUAAAGGGCUUCCAUUUGAAAGGUUUAUAGUAUUCUAUGAUAACAUUGGGCAUGGGGCACAAGAGCUUGAGCAGUGCGUCAUGGAUAUGCUAAAGACAUUUAAUUUGGACAUUCAAAAUUGCAGGGGUCAGUCAUAUGACAACGCAAGCAAUAUGAGUGGUCGAUUUUCUGGAUUGCAAGCGCGUAUUAAGGCACAUAAUGAGUUAGCAAUCUGUGUUGCGUGUGCCGGACAUUCUCUCAAUUUAGUUGUUCAAAAUGCUGCGGAUUGCUGCUUCGAAGCAACACCUUUUUUUAUGCUAGUUCAAGCUUUUUAUACAUUUUUUUCGGCUUCUACACAUAGAUGGAACUUGUUGUCUAGUACAAUAAGAGAUUCAUCAGGCUCUGAGAAAUCGCUCAUGCCAAAAAGGGUCAAUACAACUCGUUGGUCUUCUCGCUUUGAUGCCAUAAAGGCGCUACAAAGUAGUUACAAUUCAAUAAAGACUUGUUUAAAUAAUAUAGCAACAGAUGUUAAUGAGAAAAAUAUUGUAAGAGUCGAAGCAAGUUCGUUAUGCGAAAAACUUAAUUUCUUGGAAAAUGGGAUCGUUUUGGUUGGAUAUUUUGCAAAGGGUUAA